CUCACUCACUCUCACUCCAUCCACCCUCCCCUUCGACGUCACAACUCUCUCAUCACACCUUCAACCAACAACCGGCAGUCGUAUCAUCUCACGGUCAAGUACGCACGGCACCCGCACUCACCGCUUGACCCACCCACCUCGCCACCCACCAUGGCCACUUCUGACCCUCCAACGGGUCAGUCGGAGACCUCCACACCGCGCCCGUCCGACGCGCCGCUGCCCAGCAACUCGGAGCCCCUCGAGCUCGCCUGCCCAUGCCUCAACGUCACCGUCCAGGCGCGCGUCCCCGCAACGCUGCUGGACCGUGUUGCCAAAGGACCCUCGGGAUUCAAGGUGGGCGAGACUGAGCCCAUCUAUCUCCCACCCAACGCCGAGACUAUCCGUGAGCCUGUAUUCUCGACGUUUGAGCGCGAUACAACGAGAGGGAGGUCAGUACCAAGCGACCAGGAGCUCUCAUGGCGCAAGUGCUGGCUAUGCUCGACUCGUGUGUUCGCCGCCAAAGGGGUGCAGCAGGGCGACAUUGCCCCGGCCGACGCUUGGGUCGAGACUUCAUUUGCCGAUGGCGUGGUGUUUGGCGAUGCCCUCGAAGAGAUAAAGGCGCGCACUAGACUCCCACACACUGGCCUCGUGCUCGACCUGCCCGACCACUCGACCUUUGGCCGACCGCCAGUGAUCAACACUGUCCAGCCAUAUGGUGGACCUGAGGCGCCUGUCCUGCUCCCACCAGUGCCGGACCCCUUCUUCCUUCCGCCCCCGUUCAUGCCAAGCCACCCGUAUCUCCACGACCUGUGCAAGGCGGCUGUGGAGAGCCUAAACGACAAGCACGCCAAGAUUGAGCGCGAGAUCAGCGCGUACAUUGCUGCGCGCAACGUCGAGAUGCGCCGUGUCGAGGACCAGACGCGCGCAGAGGUCGAGACUCUGUGGAACCGUUACAUUCGUGGACCCGGCGCUGGCGAGGUCACUGACCGGCGGCGAGGGUCUAUUGUCCCGACCACGUCAAGCUCGCGCUCGCCCUCUCGUUCGAGGGUGGCAUUUGAUACGACAGGCAGCAGGCCAGCGGCGCCGGCGGCUGCCGAAUCACCAGCUCUAGUGAGCGUGCCGCCACCGGCUUCUCGCGCCACUGGCGCCAUCGGCACUGCAUCACUCUUGUCCGCCUCCCUGAGCGCCAACGCCUUCCAUGCGCCACCGCCACGAGCAGCUCGGAACGUUAAUGAGGACGAGUUUGAGCAGCUGACCAAGAGCAUUUCGAACGAGCCUGGUGUGUCGCGCGAGGUGGCCAUGAGCUUUGCGUUCCAGACCAUCGAGGAACACAUGGGCGCUGCAGCCGCCGCGUCGACCUCGUCGCACCGCCGCAAGGCCGAGGCACACCGCGAGGCGCGGCUUGAGAAGCAGGAAGAGGAGCAGAAGGAGGACGAGAAAGAGGGUAUCGACUCUUGGAUUGGCCUGGAGCGCGCACAGGAGCGCCGCCGAGUGCACAAGGCGGAGCAGGAGGAGCAUGCUGAAGCCGCCGCUGGUGCUGCUGCUGCCAACGGCGAUGGGAGCAAGGAACGCAAGGGCAAGGUCACGUUCCAGGAACCAUCAAAGGAGCGACGCGACUCGAAGCAAGAGGAGGAGGAGGAAGAGGUGCUCGAUGCUGCGAAUGAUGAUGAGGACGGCGGCGACGUGUUCGACUUUGAGGACGACACACCAAAGGCACCUGUGGACGAGGUGCCAGUCGAGACGUCUGCACAGGCCAGCCGAAUCCGAAGCAUGGUCGACAACGACCUGUCACGCACGUUUGCGGCUGAUGCGCCGUCGCACCGUGCAGCUUGGCGCAAGUUCGAGGCCAACGAGUCGAUGGCCAGUGUGCUGCGGCAGUCGUCUGGGCGGCGUCGCAGCUCGUCUGAAGACGAGGCAGAGGACGAGCCCGACCUCGGCAUGGCGCGCAGCAUGCCGGUUGCGAUUGUCAACCCGCGUGCGUUGGCAAAGAAGGUCGAGCAUGGGCACAAGCUACAGCGCAAGACGUCGCUCACCGAUCGCACUGGCAUGAUUGUCCCCGAACUCAUCAGUGCGAUGCGCGAGCGUCCCGAGCGACGCGAGAGCGUCGACCAGCAGCCUCCUGUUGGCGGGCGCACGAUGCGCUCGUCGUCCAUCGCCAUCAGCGGGUCUGUGCUGGGGCCCGGCCUCGCCCGGCGCAACGUCAGCGGCGAGCGCGAGCGCGAGCAGGUCAAGUCGUACCGCGCCGACCCUGGCGCCGUGUUCGAGUCGCUCGCCGACCGCGACGAGAGCGAGAGCGAGGACGAGGACGCGACGCCCCAAACCAACGGUGCGAGCCGCUUCGUCCCCCCGCACGUUGUUGUCCAGCGGGAGGCGGCAAAGGCCAAGAUGGACCCGGACGCGUGGCGCAGCCUCGCGUCGUAGGAGUUAGGAAGGAGAAGUAAGCAUGGUGAGAGAUACGCGGCACAUUUGCCACACACACACAGAGAACAGUUUUGUCAUGGAUGUAACGAGGCAAUGUAGAACAGAACAG